UGACAGCCUUUUCUAUUGCUCAGAUUCCACGGAGUCUCAAAUUCACGACCUUCAGCACUGCAGACUAUGAAUGAAAGAGCACAUCAAUCUUUACCAGGACCAAUUGCCGAGGAUCCCUGGGAGGUUACAGUGGGCUUGAAGCAAGAACAACAUGCUCUACGGAGAGUCCAGCACGAUCUUGAAAAUGUGGAUCCGCGCGAGAUCACGGAUAUUCACGACAAACCUCGCGUUUGGACACAGCACCAGGGAGACCGCACGUCACUGGCUGUCCUCCCCUCCAAUGUCAAAUACCCUCGCCAGGCGUGCAAGCUACAUUCGAGGUGUAAAGCAACCAUCCAGGACAAACGAUAUGAUCCUAGAGAGCACCAUACCCUCCUUUUCACUCUUUUUAAAGUGUGCCACUCCCGACGGCCAAGAUUUCGACCAACAGCGUUCGAGAGUACCCAGGCUAGUGCAAAUGGCCCUUCAGGGUCACCGACCGCGAAAGUUACAACGUAUCCACGACAACCAAUAGAGGCUAAACAGAUAUUUCCGCGACGAUCCACGAAGACAGCGGGCAUCAAGUCAACAUCUGCAGGCUGUACGACCCUAUACCCAAUGGCUGUCAUUGCCGAGCGUUCCGCAAUCCCAUGACCAGACUUAUAUGCCUGUAGACUUUUCAAAGAAUGGUCGACGUCUCCAUCGCUUGAUACGGGCGCAUAAAGUGGGAGGACUAUAGGUCAAAAUCAGAAGAUCGAGUUCGAGGUCCUCGACAAGCACAGCGACUAGUGCAAUUCAGCGCAAAGUGUAGUAUCUAGGUAUACUUAAGGCGGAGCACAUCGUUUCUCGAGUCAUCUUGCAAAG